AUGGCUUCUUCUGGGACCUUUCCUGGCUCAACGCCCACCAAGCAGCAAUGCAGUGUGGCCCUUCUCGACAAGCUUGCAGGUGUGCUCCCAAAAGGUUACAAGUUCACUGUUCAUCACCUCUCGACCCCUCCUACCAAGACCGACGCUCUCUGCUCAGCACCACCGGGCGCUCGUCCUGACCGAACGUAUCGCGAGUCGCACUUUUUGGCCGUCAGCAUCGAUGCCUCAGCGAAGCCCCGAGACCGAUCCAUGCCCUCGAGUCUGCCCUCCUCACCUCUGACUCCUAGCUCGCCGAGCGACAACAACCCCAGACAGGUUCUCGUGCUUGCUCUCGAGGUCUUUAUCUUCACUACAGCCUGGUCCAGCACCUUCUUUGUCUCCAAGGCUGACUCCACCGGCUACCUACACCUUCUCGAUCUGCCCAAGGGGACGCCCUCUCCGAUUCGCGAAGUGAGCUCUGCUUUCAUAUCAUGCCUUGUCGAGGAGCGUCGGCGCAACAAUGCCCAGACUGUCGUCAGUCUAUUUGCUCGAGCCCAGAAUCAGUACUUAUUUCCUGGAAGCGUGGACAACAAAGGGAAGCACGUCCUGGACGACCGGGGACUUGUGAGAUGGUGGUGUCGCGUGCUGGAUUCAGUGAUGGAGGGGCAGGGUACGCAUGAGGACGCCCUCUUUCGCCCCUCCCGUAGUAAGAAGGGCAGCUGGGAAGAGAAGAAGGCCUACCUCGUCGUCCCUGGGCUGGACAACUACGAGUCGCGUGCCUUCCUACCGCGAACACCGAGCGCCGCCUCCAAUUGGUCUCUCUGCCACCCUCUCGAGCGCAUAUCACAUUUUGCCAGGGAGUACGACUGGGUGCCCCCUAGAUGUCUGGUUCCCAAGUUCCCCGAUGAUCCCAAAGCGCGAUACUGCGAUGAGCUGGACCUCGAGGCCUCCAAGUCGGCGCAAUAUGAGGACAAGGGCCUGUGGCGGAGUGUGACGACCAUGGAUCGGUUCUGGGAGAUGAUGGCGUUCCGGCAAGAGUGUUCAGGCGGACACAUGACUGGUUUUCUCUGGCUUGUACUCGAGCCGAGCGGCUGGGGCGAGGCGAACGGAGUCGCCUCUGCUGCCGAGUCCCUGCUCACGCCGAGAACCUCGUUUGAUGGCUCGGUCCAGCUUCCGGUGACACCACCCAGGAGACGGGAAGGGAUUGCAGCUACGACACCUAAAUCGAGCCCGUUGAAGAUGGAAGCUACGCCAAAGUCAGGGCAACAGAGCCUAUCCAAAGGUGGCUCGUCUGCAAAGCCAUCCAAGAAGACCUCCCUCAGGGGGCCAAUCCGGUCUCGUCUGCCGCGCAUCAAGAAGCAUGCGCGCAACUAUGUCCCAAACAUACCAGAGUCGACAACUUACUACUACUGGCCGCCAGAAGGAAGAGGCACGCGCAUUGUCGCUGAAGCCGAUUACAAGCGAUCAGUCGAUCUGCUCACAAAGCUGGAUUUCGAGACUCUUGAGCUGGCAGUUGCGAGCUCCAGGAGGUGGACCAGCGAGGUCGGUGGCGGUCAAAAGUGGGCGCUGGACGUCGUAGGCCAACGGCCGCUUCCUCCCGCGGCCAACGCACCAAGUGGAACCGUGCAUGAUAUGGCCGGUCUUGUGCGUAGAAAGCCCAAGGCCCACGACACACAAAACAGCGUGGACAGUUCUGCACUGGGCCUAACUACUCCUCCUACUCGGAGAACCAGUGCGGCUGCAGACUCGGAUACCUCAGCAGUCAAAGUCUCGCGCAGUGAGACACCAGCUGUGAACAUAUUGGGUAGUGGGUUGGUGCGCAAGAAACCCAAGCUUGCAUGA